AUGAAUCCGUGCGAGGCAUCGGAUGGGCGGCACGGAGGGCCCGGAGUGAAGAAGGCAAGGCUCGAGUCCUCGGUUGUGAAAGUUGCUGGCAGAAAGCUUCGUGCUGGAACGGUUCCCUGGCGAUGGACUGCUGGAAGUUCUGUUCAGGUUCUGCUUAUCGAGGGCAUAAACACACCAGGCAAAUGGACUUUCCCGGCAGGUUCCCUGGAUCCCGGUGAGGAGGUGGCGAGUUGUGCUGCCCGCGAGACCCAGGAAGAAUGUGGAGCGAGUGGGACUUUGGGAUGCUUUCUCGGAACCUUUGACACGGAGAAAAAUCGGUCAUACAUGUUUUUGAUGUAUGUGCAACAUUUGGAAGAUGACGGCAAUGAAGCUUGGCAUGAUCCACAUUCCGCGUACGACACCAGUCUGAGACGUCGCAGAUGGUUGGAUGUCGAGGCUGCGAGGCCCCUGCUGAAGAAAGAUGGGCCACAGGUCUUGGAAGCUUUUUUGUCCAUUCCAGAAGAGAGGCGGCAGGAUGCCCGGUAUAGAGCGCUUCGCAAGAACUCAGAGCAGCCUCGAUUUCUUGUGAUGGGAGCCCCAGGCACCCUCCGAGACCACUGCGCGCAAUGGGGGUCCAUUUUGGAAGUGCCUUCAUCUUCAGACUCUCUCACCGAAUCUCAACUAUUUGCAGCCGUUGCCGCCGCCCUGUGGGAAGCUGACGCAGCAGUUCUGUGUGGUGGAGCGGACAUGUUAUACAUAGCUGGUAUCUCAGCCAGGCAGGACUUACCGGUACUUCUCAUCACUGGAGAGCAUGUGCCUGGCCUGCUCUCUGGAGACUCAAGAAUUGCAUCCUUCGCGCUUGAAAGCGAGAGCAGCUUGCUACGUUUUAGCAGCAUUCCAGUCGUUCCUGUUACGUCCAUCGCUUUCUGGGAAGGGCGCAUCGAUGGUUUCAUGAAGCAGCUCCAGACUGACAGCGACAUGCAUGAGACCCAUACGCCAUACUCUGGUAGGCUUUCAGGACUGGCUAGGCUUGACUUCGCUGUCACUCGGCCUGUCAAGGUGAGUGGCGAUGCACGAAGACCUGCCGACAUCAAAAUCCGGACAGCCGAGAGCCGUGUGCUGCAGUCGGACAGCAACGAAGUCAAGGAUUGUGUAGGAACUUGCUGUUUCAAGCGCUUUGCCAGCCGUGGGCUACUGGCAUCCUCGGUGUGGGUGCCAAGGCAAUGGCUUGCAUUGCUGCUGGACCAAUGUGCAAGCGCCGCUGUGGUUUUUCAUCUCAUGGCUUGUCCAGACACUGUUAUCGUCAAUUUGACGGCGGUGGCGAGCGUGCUUUUUUAUAGAGAGGUUUUCCCAGAUCUUCACAUGAACCUUACGUGGACCGUAGUCGGUUUCGCACUGGUCUUCCCGUUGCAGACCGCUAUCAGGGAAGCUUUCAAGCGAAGAGAGCAAGCGCUCAUGGCCAUCAGCGACUUCCGAGCGACGUUGAUGAACGUGUACUUGGCCAACCAGAUUUGGGACUGGCCCGGCGCUGAUGCUUGGUGCGGCAGAGCCGAAGACAACGUGCCCAAAGAGCAAGGUGGUCAUGGAAAAAAGAAGGGGUCUUUCAAAGAUACGCCCCUCCAUCCCCGGCAUGGACCACGGGUUUUCAAUCUUCUCAUCAGGCUGGUCGAAGCCAUGCAGGAACUCCUGCUUGUACCGCGUCGUGGACGCAGUCGCCAGGAAUUCUUCCAUUGCGUUUCUCCAGAGAAGGAGAUGGUGGAGGACGCGGAGCUGAAGGGUCGCUCUGCAGUGUUGAAGUUGCUCGGCCGCCUACAUAGAGCGACGGAGGAGCUCAAGGCCGCAGGCAUGCCGGCAAAUGAGGCGAGCCGGAUCAAUCAGUACAACAUGUUCUUGUGUCGGGACUUCGAGCGAUUGUGGAGUUUCAAAACGUACCGCACCCCGACGACACUCAGAUCAGUUUGCCGUGUAAGCAUUCAAGUGUUUCCCUUCUUCUUCGGGCCAUAUUAUUUGCAUCUUAUUAAGACCUACAGUCCAGACUCUGACGUGACGGAUGAAAUCUUGCGGCACCGUUUCAUUUUUGCUUGUUUGUUUUCUUGUUUGACCUCAACUACGCUUGUUGCCCUUCUGAAUGUCGCCGUUGCCCUGGAAAAUCCGUUCAGGCCUGGCUCGACCGAUACAAUUCGUGUGCAAGAGGAAUUCCAGCUGUGUCGAGAGGCACUUCAAGAGGCGAUGCAGGAUCAGGAGGAAGCAUGGCACGAGCGCUUCGACUUCGAGUGGGAGGUCUUGCGUUCUCCUGGUGAUGACGGAAGCACCAGUGACGGAGACGCGUGA